AUGAACUUAAACACUUUUUUACAGCAAAUACAGUUCACAGAAAAGCAGGCAAGGGAGAAGAGGAGCUUCAUCCAACAAGCUAAAUGUGACAUAAAUGGAAGUUAUGAAAAAAUUAACCAAAUAAAAGAAGAGCUGCGCGCUGCAAAAAUUAACUUAGAAACCAAGGUUCAGCAUCUGUCUGUAAAGCAGUUCAAUGUAGAAAUUCUGAAGAAACGUGAAGACAGCUUAGAAAAACAAAAAGCUGAACUUAUUAAUCAAAGAACCAGUCUUCUUAAAAUCAUGGCAGAUGCAAAGAGAAAAAUUACUGAAGAGGAAGAUAAUUUUACCAGAGAAGUAACAAAGUUUAACAAUGAAUAUGGACUAACAAGUAAUAGGGAUCUUCUUAUUAAAAAGAAAGUCAAGACUGAAAUAAAUGAAUUAGAGAAUGAGGCAGCUCUGUUGAAAAAUGAAAUGGAGUCAAUGGAACAUGAAAAUGUUCAGUUAAAUGCGCUCCAGCUGCAGAAGAAUGAAUUAAAGCAGGAUUUAUUUACUCUCCAAAGUGAGCUCAAAGACCUUGAGAAAGUAAUCAGGGAAGCGGAAAGAAUGACAAAAGAUUUAGAAGCAGAAAAAGUCCAAGUCACUGAAAAACCUCAGACUGAUCCUGAGUGUUUAAGGCUUAAGAAAGAGUUGGAAAAAUGCAAAGAUGAUAGUUGGGAAAGUGUCUGUGAGACUCUUCAAGCAGAAAUUGAAAUUCUGCAAAUGAAUUUAUCACAAAAGAAGUCUUCAGAGAAAUGA